AUGCCGGCUCCCAACGCCACCUCACGCUCUCCGCCACCCGCCGCAGCCCAGGCCGGCUCCAGUCGAACCCCAUCGCCGCCGUCGCCGUCCUCAUCGCUGCACCAGGUCGGAUCGCGACAGGCCACACGCACGCGGACUCGCACGCGGCGCAACGUCUCAUCAUCGCUCUCGACGACGCACCGCAUCCCUCACUACACUCACGAGGACCACCCGCUCAGCCCGCACAACCUCGAUCGCCAUGGCUACCACUCGUUUCGUUGCCUCGGCGUCCCCUUCCACGUCAAGAAGCGGUACACGUUUCUGCGCGAGCUCGGCAUCGGCGCAUACGGAUGCGUGGCCCUCUGCCGCGACGAGGCGCUCGAUUGCAACGUCGCCAUCAAAAAGGUGACGAGGGUGUUUGAGCGCGACGUGCUGGCGAGGAGAGCCUUGCGCGAGGUCGCCAUACUCCGCCACAUUGGCAUGUGCGACAACGUGACCGCGCUCCUCGACUUCGACGCCACCUUCAUCGAAUUCUCGGAAAUCUACCUUGUCCUCUCGGCGAGCGAGGCUGACCUGUCGCAGAUCAUCCGCUCGGGGCAGGCGCUCUCCGACGCGCAUCACCAAUACUUUGUCGCGCAGAUCCUCCGCGGCGUGCGCUACAUGCACGCAGCCAAGGUCGUUCAUCGCGACCUCAAGCCGGGCAACCUCCUCGUCAACGCCGACUGCGCGCUGCGGCUGUGCGACUUUGGUCUGGCUAGAGCGUAUGCCGACCCGUCAUUCGGGGCCGGCCCAGCGCAGCCCUGCGACAACGACGAGCUCCAGAUGGGCGAGGCUGACGAGCAUGACCCGCUCGAAGGCCGCGAUGGACAGAGCCAGGAGAGGGGACCGGACGGCCGCGACAAGGGAACCGCGCAUCUCUCGCGCUCGCUCUCGCCGCAGUCGGACCUCAAGCUUCACACGCAGCGCAGGGAUUCCAAGGGCAAGCAGCGACGGCUCAACUACCCGGGCGGACCGCUGACCGAAUACGUGGCCACCCGCUGGUAUCGCGCGCCCGAGGUGAUGCUCUGCUUUCGGGAAGGAUACGGGCCCGAGCUCGACAUGUGGAGCGUCGGAUGCAUCUUGGCCGAGCUCAUCGGUGGACAGCCCAUCUUUCCCGGCAAAGACUACGUCGACCAAAUCACCCGCAUCAACAGCGUCCUCGGCUCGCCCUCGGACUCGGUGGUGGACAAGAUUGGCUCCGAACGUGCAAAGACCUACAUCAAGGCGCUGCCUCGGAUGCCGGCGGUCCCGCUGCAGAACCUCUAUCCCACGGCUUCGCCCGAGGCCGUUGAUCUGCUCUCGCGGCUGCUGACCUGGGAUCCGGCGGAGCGUCUGACCGCCGACGAAGCCCUUCGACACCCUUGGCUCAAGGCGUAUCACGAGUCGAAUGCCCGCUGGCAGCCGCCCCCCGCCUUCGACAAGUUUGCCGAGGUCGAGUACAUCCGCUCCCUGCGCGAGUUCAAGGCCGGCCUCCAGCGAGAGGCGGACGAAGUCAGGCAGGAGAUUGAGGCGCUGGAGAUGGAGGAGGCCGAGGCCCUCGAUGGUUCCAGCACCUCUGCGAUCGAUGCCGGCGACGGCGACGACGACGACGAGAGGGAGCAACAGCUGGCCCGCGAGUCGACGCAGCCCGAGAAUGGCCCCGAGUCGGGGCAGCUCCCCGACACUGACGCCCACGGCGACGUGGCGGGAAAUGGGUCGCGGGCAGAUGCUAGCCAGAGGGACGACGAGGGACCCAACACGGAUGCCGAGCCGCAGCACGAAGGCCACGGCUCGUCCUGCGGCACCUCUGCGCGUUCUUGCAAUCUGCCCGAAGCGCUCGCUUCAUCUGGAUCCUCGGCGGACACCCUGUCAUCGACCGAAACGAGCGGCGACGAGGCCGACCCUCCAUCACCGCGCAGCCUCGAUGGCUGCCGAGUCGAGAGCGCCACCCAGCCCGGCCUUCGCAAAGACGGGCAGCUGGCGCAGGUGCCGUCGUAUUUUCGGCUCGGGCAUGAAGAGGAAGGACGUCAAUCGAUCAAACCCCUUCUCGAUGACAACAGGCUGGAGCACCGGCUGGUAUCGCAGCUGGAACAGCGGUUUCCCAUCGAUGACGUCUUCGUGCCCGAUCAGCUCCUUCAAGUGGCCCAGGGCCUGGUCGAGCAUCAAAUCAAUGCCGCUGCCUCUUCCGCUGCAGCAGCAGAAGCGGCGAUGAGCGAUCAGACCCUCGGAAGCAAAGGAGCCUCCUUCUUUUCCCCCGGCGGUGGUGGAGUGGACCCCGCAUGCCUCGCUGAGGCACCUUCAGAUUCAGCAGGUGCAGGUAGUGGCCCGACGAUCGAGGGCGGACGAGCGGGCGCGCUCCUCUCCUCGCGCCCGUCGACGGCCGUUGGCAGCGGCGGAACGGGGGCCAGCACACCCUCUCUCGGGCAAGGCCUGCUCGACAACGUUGCUAUCGCCCCUGCAUCCUCGGCCUCGACAUCCGGGCACGGCGUCCAAAGGCACUCCAAGCAGUUGGUCCUCGUCCAAGAUGGCCUGCUGCAGUCUUCGGCCGGUCUGCUCGCUCAGAUGAUAGCGCGCGCAGCUGACAAAGCGCAGCCGACCUUGCUCGUCACCAUACUCCGGCAUCCAAGCACCUACGUUCGACCUCGAGACAUGCGGCAUGUCACCUUGCUCGACGGCAGCUCCCGCUCCGACGGAUAUUGCGAGGAAGAUGACGGCGAGGGCCGCAGCGCCUUCGGCCUAGCAAGCUGGAAGGGCGUCGCCCAGGCGGUGCUGGCGAAGCUCGGCCGCAUGGGUGCACAGAAUCGGCUCACCAUCAUGAUCGACUCGCUUGACACUCUGGUAGAGCAGAGCAGGGAUGGCGUCGAGGGCGCGUUCAACCUCGUUCGGACGCUGCUCGGCAAGCUUAGCGCGCUUGGUCGCCUAGUGGUCGGCUUUCAAGGCGACUCGUCAUCCACCUCGGCUGCUCUGGUGUCUGCGCUCAACACAAACCUGGUCUGGUCCGCCUCGAACGACGGCGGCGACGCAGCGUCGACCUCGGCCGCGGCAAGCGGCACCAUCCUGACGGCCAGGCUCCACGCACCGGCUGUGAUGCGCUACAUCUACCGCAACUAUGGGCUGCGUCCAUCGUCGAGCUCGGCCGCAGUGUUCCGAGCCCUGCACCCCUCCGAGGUCUCGGGUGCACGGGAGAAGCUGUCGGACGACACCACGUGGUCUGACCUCGAGGGCAUCGGUGAGGGUCACCAAGAGUCCGAUGCCGAUGCGCGCUUCUGGGAGAUCCUGCGCAACACCUCGAGCCGCGGAGCCCUGGGCAUCCCUGCGUACGAAGGUGGUGGCGGCACCGCCGGGUGGUGGGCGAAUGGCAGCAUCGCCGCCGACGAGGUCGAGUGCGUCUUCAAACGCCCCACGCCCUUGGCUUCCCGCUCCGGUCCAACACACGCCGCCACCGUCCACGGAGAUCGCAUCUGCUUUGAAGACAUUGUCGGAGCCGCGGCGCAGGACGGCGAGACGGCCCGCAGCCCCCGAAGCAACAGCUGGGGUUUCCUCGAGCUUCACUACCAAGCACGCAGCGGCAAGGUCUACGAGGAGCUGGUGGGCUGUGUGGUCGAGAGCUCGAGCCACGGGCGCAAGCUUUUCCUUCGGCCGCUCGACAUGGUUGACCGACGCGACAUCAAUCAGGCUCUGCCUCAGCCUGCUCCUCCGGCCCUUCCAUCGCAGCCUUCGAUUGCCUCGGGCUCUGGACCGGAAGCUGCCACGUCUUCGAGAGCGGCGGGUGCGGACCCGCACGCGUCGAUGGUCUCCAGGCUGCCCUUCAACCUCUCAGAGACGGACGCUCAGCGAGCCAGGAGGGAGGACGUCCCGCUCCCGUACGCCUUCUAUCAGCAUUCGGCGCAGGGCGGUCUUGAAGCGCAGCAGCAACAGCAGCAGCAGCAGCAGCAGCAGGGCAUGCGGGGCUCGACGGGCAAGAGCACCAUCUUCUUCGAACCAGAGGCGGGAGACGACGAAGACGACGAGGAUCCCGACGACGAUCUGGACCUGUGA